AUGAGUAACUUGAAGAAUUUGUCCUUGUUAUUCAAUAAUUUCAUUGGUUCUUUGCAUGAAUCUUUGUCCAGGAUGGUCAGUUUGGAGACUUUGGAUGUGAGUUCUAACAAUCUAUCUGGGGUGAUUUCAUUUGGGAUUUGUCAGGACCCCAGGAACAAUUUGAAAGUGUUGUAUCUUCAGAAUAAUUUGCUCACCGGUUCAAUACCAGAGAGUCUGAGUAAUUGUUUCAAGGAUGGCAAUGUUGCUGCUGCACGGCUUACAGGGAAGUGGUAUGUGUACAUCAAGAAUGAUGGAAGCAAGCAGUGCCAUGGAGCAGGGAAUUUGCUAGAAUUUGUAAGCAGUGCCAUGGAGCAUGGAAGCAACCCCACCAGCACCGCUUGGCAGCUUUGA